UCUCCAUUACUAUUCUUAUUUACCAAUUAUUGCCAUUCUUCUACUUCCACACUUGAAGAUGCACGCUUCUUCACAAAUAACUUCAAAUCUGCUUCUUUUACCCACCUUGAUGAUGCCAUUGCUUCCUUCAAUCAUGUAAUUCAUAAGCAUCCUCUGCCUUCUAGGGUUCCAUUUAAUAGAUUCUUAUCUGCCCUUGUGAAAAUGAAACAAUAUCAUACUGUCCUUUCCAUGUCCAAAACAAUUGAAUUGCUAGGAAUCUCUCACGAUCUUUAUUCUCUUAGCAUCUUAAUUAAUUGCUUCUGCCAUUUACACCUUGUGGAUUUUGGCUUCUCUGUUUUCGGGAAGAUGUUCAAAUUCGGAUUGGAGCCUGACGUUGUGACAUUUAAUACCUUAAUUAAUGGGCUUUGUAUGGAGAGCAAAAUCGAUAAAGCAGUGGAAUUUUUAGAUGAUAUGGUUGCACGUGGUUAUCAACCUGAUGUUCGUACUUUCAAUGUGAUAGUAAACGGAAUGUGUAAAUUUGGGAAAACAAGUGUGGCUAUUGGGCUACUAAAGGGAAUGGCUGAUAGAGAUUGUGAGCCAAAUGUUGUGACAUACAGUGCAAUCAUUGACGCCCUUUGCAAGGAUGAGUUAGUUGGUGAGGCUUUAGAGCUCUUCUCUCAAAUGAGGAAUAAGGGCAUUUCACCUAAUGUCAUCACUUACAAUAGUUUAAUUCACGGUGUUUGCAAAUUAGGCCAAAAGAACCAAGCUUUGGCCUUGAUGAAUGAAAUGGUGGAGCAGAACAUAUUACCAAAUGUUUAUACCUUCAGUGUAUUGAUCGAUGCUCUUUGUAAGGAUGGAAUGGUUUCAGAGGCUCAAAAUACAUUCAAUGUAAUGAUUCAAAGAGGUGUAGAGCCUGAUGUGGUCACCUACAGUUCCUUAAUUGAUGGUCUUUGCAUUUCAGACCAAUUCAAGGAAGCUUUGGCCUUGUUGAAAGAAAUGGUGGGGAGGAACAUAUCCCCUGAUGUUUUUACCUUCAAUAUAUUGAUCGACACUCUUUGUAAGAAAGGACUGGUUUCAAAUGUACAGAAUAUAAUCAAAAUAAUGAUUCAAAGAGGUGUGGAACCUGAUGUUGUCACUUAUAAUUCAUUGAUGGAUGGAUAUUGUCUGUGCAAGCAAAUUGAUAAGGCUAGAAGGGUAUUUGAUCUGAUGGUGACCAAUGAAAUAGCUGACAUUUUUAGCUACAGCAUUUUGAUCAAUGGAUAUUGUAAGUGCAAAAUGAUAGAUGAUGCAAAGGAUAUUUUUGUUGAAAUGUCUCAUAAAGGUUUAGUUCCUGAUGCUGUUACUUGUUCUACUCUUAUAAAGGGUAUGUUUCAAGCAGGGAGGCCCCAAACUGCGCAGGAGCUCUUUAAGAAUAUGUGCUCUCAUGGUCAACAGCCAGAUAUAGUAACCUUCUCAAUUAUGAUUGAUGGCUUGUGUAGACAGGGGAAUCUCGAUGGGGCACUCACACUAUUGAAAGUAAUGGAGAAAAGUCAGUUGAAGCCUAAUUUUGUGAUCUAUAGCAGUCUGAUCAAUGGCAUGUGCAAAGUUGGGAAGAUUAAUGAUGCCAGGGAACUUUUUUCUAGUCUUUUUGAAAUUGGUUUACAACCUGAUGUUUAUGUAUAUAAUGCAAUUAUGAAAGGACUCUGCCAACAAGGAUUAAUGGACGAAGCGUAUAAGGUAUUUAGAGACAUGGAAAAGGGAGGAUGUUUACCGAAUAAUUGUUGUUAUAAUAUCAUCAUUCAAGGGUUUCUCAGGCAUGAGGAUUUACCAAAAGCAUCAGAACUAAUCAACGAAAUGGUUGAUAAGGGGUUCUCUGCUGAUGAUGCUACCACAGAAUUGGUAGUACAUUUAUCGCGGAAUAAUAAUCUCAUUCUAAGCAAACUACGAAAUCGUUCUGAGGCUUCUAAAGGGGUGCAAUGAGGGAUUAGCAAAUUAAAGUUGUUAUAUCUUGACCGUUCAAGGGUGUCUUGGAGAGAAACAUGGUAAUUUGCCUUCUUCAAAUGUAGUAGGUAUGUAAUUUAACUAACUUCUUCAAAUUUCAUUUUUAAUUUCAAUCAGCUAUGAUUCUCUUCCACAAAAUGAAAAUUUCUAACACUGUAAAUUACCUGCAGUGGAAACCAUGAUAUGUGUGUGCCUUUUGCUUGAACUCAGACAUGGACUAGAUCUCUUUGGAUAUAAGGUUGUUGAUGACUGGAGGUCAUAGAUUUCUAAUGAUCAAGUUGCUGGUAAACCCACCAUCUUCCUUAGAAUUUUUUUUGGGCUGCUACUACAGCCUAAACUCGAGAGCUCAGUCCUAAGAAUGAGUUGAGAACUAAAACUAAUUGAUUCCAUGCUACAAUGCUUAAGAAUCUUUAUCUAUUUUACUUUUGUGCUCAAUGACCUUUUAAGAUGCUAUCAUUUUUCUUGUAGCUACUUGCUAGGAUAUGAUUACAACUUCACCUUUCUAAACAUAAAGGUAUAAGCAAUUCGUUUUUGCUUGAUUAUUAUAUUUUUAAUAAUAAUGAAAAUAGUGAUUAUAAACAAGUGGGGCUUUAAUGGAGAAUUGAUUUAGCAACUAGACUACCCUAUAAAUGCAGGGUGCAGGAUAUGCAGCCCCAUAAUACAAGUGUAGUGGUUGAGAAAUCUACCAUUUUUCUUUAUUGGUUUCUUGGUUGACAGAAAUCUAGCAAUUAUAGUUGUUGAGAUUGUUGAAUCAUGUGAUAGUCAAUUAGUUACAAUGGCUGUAUAUUAAGGAAAAAUACUUAGGAAAUCAUCUCUGUAUGAUAUAUCUUUAUGAUAUAAUAAUAAUACAAUCAAGUAUGAUCAUUUUGUCAAUAUGGUAUAUAACAAAUAUAUUUUAGACCACCUAUUGAGUUAUUUAUAUGGUGCAUUUUGUGAUACGUUUGUAUGGUGUUAUGAAGGCGAAACAGAUUGUUUCUUACUGUUUGAGAAAAGUUGAGCAAGAAAAGUUGCUUUGGUUGUUUCUUUUCUCCUUUCAGCUGUACAUUAAGUGAGAUUUUGUGUUUAGCACAUUGUAAACCUUGUAAUAUUCUCAAUAAAAUUUUCUUUGAGCUUU